GCAAGAUGGUGGCGCGUAGGAGAAAGCGUGCGGCUAGGGACCCUGAGGCGGGCGUUCCAAGCCCACCCGGCUACUACGCCAUUCCGAUCAAGUUCUCAGCAAAGCAGCGAGCUUCUCAUUACCUUUAUGUGAGAGAACACAGAGUUCGAGAAGGCACCCAAUCUACAUGGCCUCAGAAGCGCACCCUUUUUGUCAUCAAUGUGCCGCCAUACUGCAACGAGGAAUGCCUGACUCGUCUGCUGUCCCCUUGUGGCACUGUCCAGUCUGUGGAGUUGCAGGAGAAGCCGGACCUUGCUGAGAGUGCAAAGGAACCCAAGUCGAAGUUUUUUCACCCUAUGCCCAUUCCGGGAUUCCAGGUAGCCUACGUGGUGUUCCAGAAGCCAAGUGGAGUGUCGGCCGCCUUGACCCUGAAGGGCCCUUUGCUGGUCUCUACGGAGAGUCACCCUGUGAAGAGUGGCAUUCAUAAGUGGAUCAGUGACUAUGCAGAUUCAGUGACUGACCCUGAGGCCCUGAGAGUUGAGGUGGACACAUUCAUGGAGGCCUAUGAUCAGAAGAUUGCUGCGGAGGAGGAGAAGGCCAAGGAGGAGGAGGGAGUCCCUGAUGAGGAGGGCUGGGUGAAGGUGACCCGCCGGGGUCGACGGCCUGUGCUUCCACGAACUGAGGCAGCCAGCCUGCGGGUGCUGGAGAAGGAGAAACGGAAGCGUGCGCGCAAGGAGCUGCUCAACUUCUAUGCCUGGCAGCAUCGGGAGACCAAGAUGGAGCACCUUGCACAGCUGCGCAAGAAGUUCGAGGAGGACAAGCAGAGGAUUGAGCUGAUGCGGGCCCAGCGCAAAUUCCGACCCUACUGAGCCUGCCAGGCUGUGACCCUGCCUGCAGUGACAUUGGAGUGCAGGGCCUGGCCAGUGAGGACAUGGGGCCUGCUGGCCUGAGAUUGUGCUCUGCAAAGCAAGACAGUAGGCCAAAGGGCCACUGUGUCCUGCGGCCCAGCCCCAUCAGGUCUGCAUGGGCUGGAAGUGAAGGACAGGCUCACCCCGGGUCCCUGUGCUGAAGCAUGUUGGAGCACAGCAGGAGGAUGUGGCCCUCAGAAGUGGUUCCUACCUGUCAGGAAAACAAGUAACUGCUUGCGUCUCCCCUUCUCCUCAACGGAACCCCCUGCCGGCCAUGGAACAGCCUUGAAGGCAGCGAGAAGGCGAGAACAUUUUAUUUUGCAUCCAGGCUGGCAGUGGAGAAGGCUUCAGAAGCCACCAAAUGACAGGCAAGCUUCCUUCUGCCUAUACCAGCUCACUACAGGUCAUUAACUACAAAACAGACACCCUAAGUCUAAAUGCUGUCCCCUUGAAGUCACAGACGUUAAUGUCAGAAUCUUGGCCCUUCCCCCACCUCCAUCACAGGAUUCUGUCCUGUUCAUCUUGGUUUUCAGUAAGGCCUGUUGCCGCCAUGCCAGCCACGUGGAGGCUGAGCAGCGUGAGCGUGAGAUGUCUGUAGCCCAGGUCCAGGCUACAGCUGAGCUGGGAUCCUGCGUUUGCUCUGUAAAAAGGAGCUGACGACAUUGGCCACGUGGUGGGGAGCAUUCAUGUGGACAUAAUGGUUGCCAGGGAUUUGUACAAACUGGAACCGCUGGAGGAAGGGAGGGUGGUGAGGUGUGGCCAAAGGAAGUGGCAGUGCCCACCUGUGGCCAUUGAGCCCAGGAACUCAAUUGUGCCCUCCCUUGGCCUGCUCCUUCCCAGUGGGCCAGGCACUCCCUGGGGAUCCCAGUGUUCCCAGCACGCUGGGGCUCCUCAGACCCUAGGGACUCAGGACUUGGGUUGAGGACCAUCUGAGUUGUGAAGCUGUAGCACUGAGUGGGGGAGGCCUCUGUCGGGGUUGCCGGUGAUCCUGACAGAUGAGGGCCCCUGGAGAAGUGAGGUCACAGCACCAGCAAGUCCCUGAGGGAACACCAACCAGGGAGGCCUGGCCACAGCUCUCACCUGCCAGCCAUGGGAGGGCUGCCCUUUUGUGAGGGGGUACAGGUGCCCCAGACUCGGGUAUUUGUGUGGAUAAUGAUCACAAAGUGCUGGUGCUCCCAGGGGUCCAGGUCAUGGCACAAGCCCCACCCCCAGCUAGCACACCCACUAGUAGGACUAGUGGAGGCGAUGGGGCUGUGGCAGAUGGGCCGAGUUGUGCCUGACCCAGGGGACACAUGUGAGAACAAUAAAAUAUUGUUCUAAUGAAA